AGGGGCAGGGCUGUCUCUCAUAAUAAAGGUGUGUGAGGGUGCAGAGACGAGCAGGAUUUAACAUCAGCAUCCCAGAGCAUCAGCAUCUCUCUGGCAUCUCACGCUCGUCCCACGUUUACCAUGUUGUUGCUCGGACUCUUGCCGCUGAUGUUACUACGGGGGUGUGGUUGCCAGGCGGCAGACGUUCCUGAGGAUGUGACGGCAGAGUUCUCGGUCAGACUGUACCACCAGCUCCAGAUCACGGGGGGAGAGGAGAACAUCAUCUUCUCCCCGCUGAGCGUGGCUCUGGCUCUGGGCAUGGUGGAGCUGGGCGCCCGUGGCUCUUCUUUAGAGGAGAUCAGACAGGCCUUGGGCUACAGUCAUUUCAGAGAAGAUGAGGAGUUCUCUCUGCUGAGUAACUUGACCCAGGCCCUGUCCACUGACGAAGAGCAGUACGUGGUCCGGCUGGCCAACUCCCUCUUUCUGCAGAGGGGGGUUCACUUCAAUGAGGACUUCCUGCAGCUCAUGAAGAAGUACUUCAAAGCGGAGCUGGAGACGGUGGACUUCAGCGAGUCAGCAGCCGUAGCUGAACGCAUCAACUCUUGGGUGCUGAACCACACGGAGAGCAAAGUCCAAAACCUGGUGUCUGCCGACGACUUCAGCAGCUCCAACAUGAUCAUGUUAGUAAAUGCUGUGUACUUCAGGGGCAGCUGGAAGAACCAGUUCAGACCAGAAAACACCAGAACCUUCUCCUUCACCAAGGAUGAUGGCAGUGAAGUUCAGACCUUGAUGAUGUACCAGCAGGGAGACUUCUACUACGGAGAGUUCAGCGAUGGCACCACAGAGGCGGGUGGAGCGUACCAGGUCCUGGAGAUGGUCUAUGAAGGAGAAGACAUGAGCAUGAUGAUCGUUCUGCCCCGUCAGGAGGUUCCUCUGGCCACCCUGGAGCCCAUCAUCAAAGCCCAGCUGCUGGAGGAGUGGGCCAACAACGUCAAGAGGCAGAAGGUGGAGGUCUACCUGCCCAGAUUUAAGGUGGAACAAAAGAUCGAUCUGAGAGACACACUGCAGCAGCUGGGCAUUAAGAACAUCUUCACCAAAGAUGCCGAUCUGUCAGCCAUGACAACCGAGGUGACAGAUGGACAGGAUCUGUUUAUCGGGAAGGCUGUGCAGAAGGCUUACCUGGAGGUGACGGAGGAAGGGGCCGAGGGGGCCGCAGGAUCAGGUAUGAUAGCAUUGACGAGGACGCUGGUGCUUUACCCACAGGUCAUGGCUGACCACCCUUUUUUCUUCGUCAUCAGAAACAGAAAAACAGGAUCAAUCCUCUUUAUGGGCAGGGUUAUGAAUCCUGAAGUCAUCGAGCCCUUUGACAACAACUUUGACAUGUAAAAGCCCAGCAAUCACAACUUGACACUCAGCCGAGUUCAUGCUUAUCUUCUACCAACCACGAGUUACAUCACAGAAAGCAAACUCAUUACUUUGCCAUGGUUUUCUAAACACAAAGGAAAAUAUUAUAUAAACAAGAUAUUUAUAUUAUGAAAGUGAUUGUGUUUUGAUACUCAUAAGCUUUAACCGUACCAGGAAAUACAGAGCUGUAAAUAUUUGAAGUCGCCCAGACAGCAACAUAGUGUCGGCCCAGAUGCGGCCCACAUCUGGUACGCGUUGAAUCCACAUGUACCAGAUGUGGCCCGGAUCUGGGCCGACACUAUGCAAUCACUCCAUUCCAUGUAUUCCCAUUCAAUCACGUCUUAUUCCACACCAGCAUAAUUCGUUCCUGUAAUUCCUGUAUUUCUUCUCUUGUAUAUUUGCUAUUGUGUUACGUAGAGAAAACGUUGAUAUUUAUUGCAAGGAUUUGUGCACUUCUCUAUAUGUAGACUCACUUAAGGUCUUUUAUUCCCCUCAACCACCACCACCUUUGUUUGGUUUUGUACAUGGCUGAACUACUGCUGACAUACUAAUAUGCCUUAUUAUAUAAAUAUGAGUUUUUGAUUUAAUGUAAGAUUGCGAAUGUACAGGUAGUGGAGCGCUGUUGCCAUGGAGACUCAGGCAGACCAAGAGAGAGUGCAUUUGGUAUAAAAAUUGAAAAAAUACCCGCUGUAUUCUCUAUUUCAGAAAUAAAGAUGAAUGUCUUCAACUUGU